CCGUAUAUUCGAGGAGAGCGAAGGUUCAUUGGCGGGAUGAGAAUCACAAGCUUAUGCCAUAAAACUUCAAAUAAAAACCUCUGGUUGUUGAUGUAUAUCCGAGCAUCUCUCGGUGCAAAUCACCGCGAAGGUUUCCAGGUGUUGGCUCAGAUUCCAUUCAGAUAUUGAAAAGUUUUGAAUUAAUGGCUUCAGCUGCUUGGAGGUUCUUCGCCUAGGAUGACUUUUUGGGUUUUGCAAUUCCAUGAGGGCAAUUUUCACGACCAGGUUUCAGUUCUAUGUGGUCAUAAGUCAUAACUACAAACGAUAGACAAUAUAUCAUGUCUGCUUGGGCUUCGAUUCUAGGGUUUCUUUGUAUUUGACUGGAGUUGAACUACAAGGCUCUGAAACUUUUUUUUUCCCUUCUCUGAAAGACUACCCUGCUCUGUUUAUAUCGUUUGGUGGUGCAAAAACCAUGCCUCCGACGCUUACAGCGGUUGCUUUAGAUAGGUUGUUAGAACACGGAGCUCCAAAAUCUAUUCCCAAACCACUCAAUACGAAGCCGGACAGUCGAACAGAAAAGAGAACACACCUGCCACAGAUAUCGCCAACGCUCUAUGCCACUCCUGUACCAACUCCUCUUCCCGAUUCCCCUUCAUCCUUCCCUCCCUCCCCGUAUAUUGUUAAUCACAAAAGACGUGGGCCUCGACUUCUAAAGAGCUUUGUCCAGGAUGAUGUCUCAUUGCAACAGCAAGGUACAGAGGAAAUGAAGGUUGACACAAACGGGAAUAAUAUGGAUAUCGAGGUUGUAGAAACAACUUCAGCCAAGGAGGUUGUUGUGAAUGGCUUCCGUGACGGGGAGCCAGGAAACAGAAAUCUCAAUGAUGGGUUGGGUGUGACUGAAGAUUCUUCAAAGGUGGGCGCAACUGUUGAUGGGAGAGAUGAGUGUGAAGAUUUCUUUGAUCCUCAGGAAUCGAUGAGUUUCACUAGCAAUAUUGAUGAAGAGGACACCAGGGGCACCGAACGUCCUUUGAAGCUCACUACACCAAUGGGCGAGUUUUAUGACGCUUGGGAUGAGCUCUCUAGUGAAGGUGGUAGGCAGUCAUCUCUUUCUGACAUUGAAGCUGAACUUCGUGAUAUAAGAUUGAAUUUGUUAUCAGAGAUUGAAAAGCGGAAGCAAGCAGAAGAAGCCCUCAGUAACAUGCAAAGGCAAUGGCAAAGGAUAGGGCAACAAUUAUCCCUUGUGGGGUUGACACUGCCAACAGCUUCAAGCAGUGCUGUUGAAGGUGAGAAUUCAGAUUUUGAUCUGGGAGAAGAUCUGUGCCAACAGAUCUGUGUUGCACGGUUUGUAUCCCAAUCCAUUGGGAGAGGAUCUGCAAAGGCUGAGGCUGAGGAAAAAAUGGAAUCUCAGAUUGAGUUGAAGAACUUUGAGAUAGCUCGAUUAUGGGACAGGCUACAUUAUUAUGAAGCUGUAAAUCACGAGAUGUCUCAAAGGAACCAAGAAGCUAUUGAAAUGGUUCGGCAGCGUAGGCAAAGGAGAAAAAGAAGGUGGAGGUGGAUUUGGAGUUCAGUUGGAAUAACCAUUAGUGUUGGUGCUGCAGCUCUAGCAUGGUCUUGUGUCGCUGCAUCAAGAGGGUCAUCUAUUGCCAAUCGUUCUGAUGCUCCUGGUUGUGAUGAUGCAGCAAAAUUAUGAUUUUUUGCUCAACAAUGGUACCCAUGUCAUAGAGAUGCAAGAAAGUCAGAUGAAGGGUCAAAUAGCCACCUUUGGGGUACUAUAAGUCAUUUUUUCUUUUACCACCCCCUCUGCAAUGGCAGGCUGUGUAGAAUAGAUGGAAAUAAAUUGUAUAAGCAUCAACAUCAUCUUUUUCUGCCUCCUGACGGGGUAAUUCACCAUAAUGUAGGAAUUUGGUAUAUUCCUUGUAAGUAGUUGUAUCUACUUCAAAUUUCGGGUUUGUUGUUAUGUGCCAUACUGCUAUCGUCUAAUUUUUUUCAUCACUCAUCA